CUCCCCGUCUCUGCACCACUCAUCUCAUCUCGGCAUCUCGCCAACUCUCAAAACCAACCAAAACCACCUGAGCAAAGGCAGCACCGCAGGCAACGAAGCAACAUUUCUCCGAUCGGCCUCGGGGAUUUCCGGUAGCGAGAGCGCAAUGGCGGCGGGGAAGGCGGCAGCGGUGAAGAAGCCGUCGUUCGGGACGCGGGCGUGGCGGCUGCUGCGGCUGGCGGUGCUCUGGGCGCGCCGGGGCGGCGCCGCGCACAGCCUGCGGCUGCUCCGCACGCUGCGGCGCCACGGGCACGGCCUCGGCGGCGGGGCGCGCGGCGACCGCCUCCGGCACGGCGAGCGCGAGUUCUCCAUCGACGAGACGCCGGCGUUCCGGUUCCGCACCCCGUCGGCCCGCGUGCUCCGCCUCAUCCCCUGCAUCGCGCCCGCGGUGCCGGACACCCCGGGGCUCUACGGCGACGACCGCUACUUCUUCCGCGACGCCGCGGCGCGCGCGCUGGAGGAUGGCGCCGCGUACGGCUACGGCGGCCCGGAGAGCGAGCGGGGAGACGGCGAGGAGGAGGAGGAGGAGCUGAGCUGCUACUGCGACGAAGGCGGCGACGAGGAGGAGGAGCUGCUGGAGCGCGCGGUCGCCGAGUCGUGCCGCGCGAGCACGGCCGCGGAGGGCGACGCCGGGGUGGACGUGAAGGCGGACGAGUUCAUCGCCAGGUUCUACGCGCAGAUGAAGCUGCAGCGCCAGAUCUCGUGGCUCCAGUACAACGAGAUGAUGCAGAGGAGCGUCAGCUAGAUCGAAUCCUCUGCUCAUCCUGGAUCACUACUGUAGCAGCAGCAGAGUUUGAGCUUUUUGUUCAUCCAGAACAAACAUAUACAUGCACAGCACCUGUAUACAGAACUACAUAAAUUUUUUUACUACAUAUACAGAAUACAAUUUUUCUCCAUUGAAUGUUUGAA